CAAUUGUAUCGAAUCUCGGCUGCCAGCACGCUGACGAUCAAAAGAUAUAUAGGCGAUUGGCUGACGUAACUGACAUCGGUGACUGGGGGCCAAAUGCCCUUCAAACCGGGUCUCAAAACCCCAGCGAGGGACUUGUUGUUUUUAAAAAUUCUUCAAAAUACAAUCUGGGUCCAAUCCGUCGCGCGAGACGCCAAACCCCCCCCCCUGAACUCCUGUGUCACCGACAGUCACAUCUGCUUUAGGCUUUGAACUAUCGAUCACAUCGAUGCUGUCACAUCGCCGCAGUCCCCAGAGAGUACCAUCCACAAACUAGCCUAUCUGAUAGUUGCCCCAACAUGACACAUACCGACCGAAAAGGACCCGGGAUCGCCCGACCCAAACAUCCUAAAAAGAUCCAUCACCCACCCUCUCGCCCAUCCACCUCGACCGCCUCCACAACACCCUUGACCACCCCACUGCCCAUCGAAGAACUCGUACUCCGCUCCAUCUCCUCCGCUCUCGAGAAGACGCUUCGUAACUCUGCGCUGCCGACGAUCAUUCAGAACAUCAAACACUUGUUGUACGAGAAGAAGUUCCUCGAGGUUUUUGAGGACGAGACGGUGCUUGAGGCUUAUGCAUCAAGAUGGGUACCUAGUCGGGCGUUGGCAUUCAGGGAGAUCAUGGGAGAGAGCGAGUAUGUGGUCAGGUUGUUGGAAGGGAGAAAGGCUGGAGCGAGGAGUCAGGGGGAUGUGAAGGGCAAGGGCAAGGGAAAGGAGGACGAAGAGGAACAAGGGGUGCAGGCAGCGUCGCCGAGGAACAGGGUCGUCUGUCUAGGAGGAGGAGCCGGAUCGGAGCUGCUCGCUCUAGUCGCGCUCGUCUCGGCCGAGAACGAAUGGACAGAGUUCCCUAAACCCGUCGACCAGACGGGGUCGAAAGACGAUCCGGAUGAUAGCGAGGAUGACGAUGAUGACGCCAAGACGGACAAAGUGAAAAGAACAGCAUUCCCACCGUGCGACGUGCAUAUGGUCGAUAUUGGACCUUACGCACCGGUAGUCGACAAAUUCACUACGAGCCUACGCUCUACCCUCAUCUCGGCGGACUUUACCGAAUCCUUCCAUCAGACCGAUAUCCUCUCUCCGGAUUCCGACGUCCUAGCCGACCUGCUCGAAUCCGCCUCCGACCUAGCCAACCCGCCUUUAGUGACCCUCUUCUACACACUGUCCGAACUCUUCCUUCAAUCACGUCCGGCGACCAUCAUCUUCCUCGACAAACUCUCCCGAUUAGCACCCAAGGGGACGCUCUUCCUCAUCGUCGACUCUGCCAACGAAGAAGCCAGCGCGCUCGGUGUAGGCAAGUCCGGUCGAAGUUAUUCCCUGGGCGACGUCCUCGAUGGUCUGCUCUGCGCGCUCAAACCCGCUCCGGAUGGUGGUGAAGGACCGCCAAAGCCGAGAUGGAAAAAGCUGGAAGGUGUCGAUAGUCGAUGGUUCAGGUUGAAAGCGGGACUGCAGGAAAAGUACCCGGUCAAGUUGGAGAACUCUAGGUACUGGUCGAGGUUGUACAGGAAGGAAUAGCGGCCGAUACUUCUGGAUGAUUAUGCCGCCCGUCUUCAUUUUCGAUCCCGACCAGGCUGUCCAAGCAUGUUGACUGAUCCUAGAUCCGUGGUUCACCGCUGCCAUCCGGUUCUACGACUAUACAAGCUUUGCUCGCUUUGGUGAUUGUGGAGGAGGUGGAACCAAAAUCCUGAGGAGGACGACCUCCGCUUUUACGUGCUCGACUACGGCGGUAAGAGGCGCAAAUUGGCCCAGGAGG